CACCAGGUAUGAGGUCUAUUUAGUGUUCAAUACUCCUCAUGCGUGGCAAUCCACUUGGCACAUCAUCGGAGAAAACGUCCUUAUACUCCUGCAAAAGCUUAGAAAAAGAACUAGACAAUGAAGGGUCAAAUGUGUUAGCAUCAUUCGAAACUUCCUUGGUAUAAAAUAGGAGCAUGGUUUUGCCUCCAAGUAACCCUUUCCUCACAUCUUUGGCUUUUGCACUUAGUAAUAUUUUUCCCUCUUGUUUUACCUCAAGAUCCGUCCCAUUUAUUGCCUUUUCCCGCUCAUUUUGCACGGAUCUUUUCUUUUCUUUUCUUUCUUGUUUUUCAAUUUUUUUCCUCUCAUCAGCUUUUUCACACUCAUGCUGGAUUUUCAUUUGGUCCUCAUACACUUGCUUAGGUGUGAGUGGUGCAAGUGUGAUCUUCUUUCCUUUAUGUAGAAAAGUGUACAUGUUGGUACAUCAAGUCUAGUACUUCUAUCAAAUUGCCACGGUCUACCAAGUAACAUAUGACUAGCCUGCUUAGGUACUACAUCACAAAGUACUUGAUCCUCAUAAGUGCCAAUUUUAAAGAAAUGAGUACCUAUUGAGACAUUCAGAUGUCUCCACAAUUAUUUAGCCAUUGUAGACGGUAUGGUCGGAGGUGCUCGCGAGUUGGAAGCCCUAAUGCUUUGACCAUCACUGAGCUUGCUACAUUGGUGCAGCUUCCAGGGUCUAUUACCAAACUACACACUUUACCAUUUACAUGGCAUCGGGUGUAGAAGAUGUUCUCCCGUUGGAUCUCCUCUUCCUUAAUAUGUGUGGCUAGUGUGCGCCAUGCCACGAGUCCUAACCCCACGGACUCCUCCAAUGGUGAUUGUAUGACCGCUUCCAUGUCGCCUUCCUCUUCUAAUGAUGGCAUUUUCUUUUAUUUUUCCUCGUCGUCGGAUAUUAUCUCUCCACUUGGAAGUACGAUCAUUGUUCUUUGAUUUGGACAUUGGCUAGCAAUACGGUCAAGUCCUUGGCACCUCCAACAUUUGGUGUCAUGACUCCUUGCUUGAGGAGGUUCAUUGUUCAACUUUGAAAUGACUUUACCUUCCUCCUUGAACGGCGUCGGCUUUGGUUGGAGUGGUAUAGCUCCCCGAGGGUUUGAACUCCCUCCUCGGAUUGCUAGUACGGCUAUAAGAGGGUGAUGGUGUAGAAAAUGUCCUAUUUUGGCCCCUCCUCUUAAGCUUUCGUUCCACCUUCAAAACUUUCUCGAGCAUGUCUUUUAUUUCCACGUAAUGGUACAUCUCGACCUUAUCCGUGAUCUCCGCUUGUAGACCAUUAAGGAAUCUUGCCAUGGUAGCUUCUCGAUCCUCCUCUAUGUCCGCUUAGAGCAUGAUUACCUCUAUCUCCUUAUAGUAAUCUUCGACACUUUGAUUUCCAUGCCUUAAGUUUGUAACUUUGGUACAAGUCACGAUGGUAAUAGCUAGGAACAAAGUGUUUGCGUAUAAGGACCUUCAACUCGGAUCAAGUAGCGAUCUCAAUGUCUCCACUACGGCUUCGAUUAGUGAUAAUUUGGUCCCACCAGAUGAUGGCAUACUCGGAGAAUGCCAUGACUGCUAGUUUCAGUUGUUGCUCCUCUGUAUAGUCAUUGUAAUUGAACAUAAGUUCAACUUUCUUUUCCCACUCGAGGUAGACAUUCAGAUCGGAUUUCCCUUCAAAGGGUGGCACUUGCAUUUUGAUGCCUUUAAUUGCUUCUCCCCUUGGUUGGUAGCUCUUGUUAGCCCUCCUCGUGUGUGGUCCAAGUUCAUCGUCGGAAUAAUUGGACCCUUCCGACUCAUGUUGGACUGUUCUCCAUCGGUUCAUACUCCCUCGUGUGCCGCUUUGGGUAGCUUCCACCUUGUCAAGCUGUUCAUGGACAAGUUCUAAUUUUUGGUCCAUGAUUCGUUGGAUGUCACCCUUUAGGGAUUCGGCAAAGAUUUUAAAGUCAAAAACCGAUGGGCUAUCCCCCCCUGCAUUAGGCAUGCUUGGUAUUCUUGCAAGAAAAAGUUUAGCUUGAAAAAAUAAUUUCCUCACUUGCUCCCUUAGUGUUUACUCUCGCUCUCGUGUAUCACACACUUUUUUUUUCUUUUUCCCUUUUUUUUUGGCUCACAGAAAUAUAUUCUCAAAGCUUGAUUUGUACAUUUGAAGAGGUUAGAUCAGCUCAAUAAGUUGUUCAACGGCUUACCAAUGGUAAAAUCACUUGGCACGUGAGAGGAGUUUGAAGGACCCGAAACAGAAUUUUUGGUCUUGACUCAAUGGAAACGAAUAAUUGCAGAUCAGUUUUGAAGCUUAACAAAUGAUACAAUUAAAUGACUCACUAAGACAGAUUUGGUAACGUCUCUACUUGACUCAACCGACUCUAUUAAAGCAAAGACACAAUGGCAGAAAUUUAUGACUCCUAGAAGGACUUACCCGAUCUUGCACUUGGUUGUGUUUUUGGAAGGUGUAAAGGAGGGUUUCUUGGACCCUCGUUGUGUAAGAGUGGCGGCUGGUAGCUAGUUCCCCACGUGAUUUUAUGUUACCAAUCAGAAAUUGGGAUUCCAAGUAGAACUAGAAUUUGCUUUUACAAACCCAAGUCAACUAGGCUUCCUAAUUCUAAUAGGUUUCCUUAAGUUGGUAGGAUCGAAACUGGUUGCUUUCUUGCGUCUCCUUUUUUUUGUUUUGUUUUUGUGGUAGUAUUGAUGCAAACCAGAUCUCUUUUUCUUCUCCCAAUUCGGUCUCAACCCCAAAACAAAGGUUACGGCUAUGGUUUGUGAGCAAGAACAGUCGCCAAUGCAAGGAUCAAGAACUAGUUAGUUGGGUUUCUAGAAGUUCAAGAACUCCCACGGCUUUCAAGAUUUUCGUCCAAGUUUUCUUGGCAAUUCUAGAUUUAAUUUCAAGGUUUUCAAGAAUAUCAAGAACAAGGUAAUUUAGCCGUGCAAGGUACAAUUUUCCCAACCCCUUUGUUCAAGAUUGUAACCCAAAUUGCUUAAAGCAAUAUAGCGAUCAGAAUUCUGUUUCUUUUUUUUUUUUAUGCAACACUUGAAGACUCUAAGACACUAAGACACUAAGACACAACAAUUAGUGAACCAAAAUUGGUCAGAAACAACAGGUUCAAUUAAGCAAGCAAUUGGACACCAAUACGGACAGCAAAGGAACAAGGGAAACUAACGGUAAUUUUUUUUUUUGUGUUGCAUUUUGAAGAAGACAGAAUUGAGGCAAUAAACUAUGACUCAAAUAAAACAAGAAAAAGGUAAGAAAUAACCUGGAAGUUGUCAACUAACUCUGAUUACCAGAUGAUACGAACCCAACCAUGCUUGGCGAACUCGCAUACCAACAAACAGGAUCUAGACAAGCGACUCCAUGGUUUGAUUAUGCGGGACCCUAAACCCCCUUAGAGUCUCUUGGAUGAGAACUAAGAUUGAAUCUUAACUCUCAAGAAAAGAUUAAAGAAACUUACGGCUAUUGGUAGAACGGCGCUACGAGCAAGUGUGAUUCUUGCUUGAUAAGUCAAGAAGAACACUUAGAACAAAAUUUAAAAUAUUCAAAAUUAAUCGAAACUCAGAGAAUACUCUUUAAACUGAAAAUUGUUGAUUGAUUAUUGAAUGAAUAACAAGCUUGGCCAAGCCUUGUAUUUAUAGGCUUUGGUACUCCUAAUCCUAACUAGCAAUGGAAAACCUUUGGCUGCGUUUGGAUCCCCAUUUUUUUCAAAAACUGUAUUUGUAGUCCAAAAACAUGGCAGGAAAAUUUCAAACAUCUACAGUGUACCUUUUAGAAAACAACACCGUUUUAUUUAAUUUCUGUCUCGUCUCUGUUUUUGUGUCCCAAAUACGGAACAAGUGUCAAUAUUCAGUAGUCGAAAGAGCACUUUCCUCUUCUCUCGCUGUCUUUGCCCAAGCUUCACCUUUCCUCCAUUAUUGCUCUGGAACAACCGCAGAACCCACAUUCAACUUGAGUUGAGCUUCUCCCUGUAGACGGCACCGGUUGUACGGCUAAUGCAGGUCACCUAUGGUAGGUGAAGAGAUAUCCUCCAGUAAGACUGCUGUUGCCGAAGCUGCACUAUUUCCGCCAUUGUUGCCCUUGAACAACCUGUGUUUGGACAUUCAACUUGCGGCGAGGUUGUUCGACCAUUGCGGCUCUAGAUCUACGGCAAAAUCAAAUCACUUGAGGCACCUUCUUCUACACUGUUAAACGGUCAUCUCAGCUCAUCAGGGAGGUAGGCUUCAUUCUUAUAUGCACUAGCUUCUGAUAUAGUGUCGCUGUCCUGUCUUUUUGGCCAUUUACCACACCAGGUCCGUAUAUUCUCCACCAUGGAAGUACUUCAUUUCUAGCAAUAAAAUUCAAAUUAGUGCCUGUUGUACGGCUAUUUCUUUAAUUCUCAGAAAUUGUUACGUUUUGUAGCUGCUUUCACAUCUCGGAUAAUAGAAAAUGUGCUUCACAGUGAUAAUACCUGCGGCCAUUCAAUUUACUGCUUGACAGAUCUUGUUUAGAGGGAAAGAAUUUUGUUUUCACACACUGGAAGUUAAUAUCCAUUAGUAUUCGUUCCUUUAUACAUGCACCUUCUACAAUUUCUAUGAAUUAAGAGUUGGAAAGUAGUUAUCAAUUAAAAUUGUCGGUUGAGCUUGCAUAUGCCUUUAUUUCAAAAGCUCCCGAUUGGGUCUCUUCGUUUAAAUAGAUGGUAAUAUGUGCUGUAACCCAUAGCACUGGUAUCUAAUAUGGCUUUUGGACACUGUUAAGAGUCUAAUGGCAACAAUAGUUCAAUUGUUUCCGCAGCUUAAAUAGCCUCAUACUAGUAUUUUUAUGUAUUAAGUUUAGCUCAGAUACGGUUAACCUUCUUCGCUUUGAGGUGAACCAUUUAGGUGAUACUUUUUAGAAGCCUAUUGCAACUACAUGCCCCCUGUUACUCGACGUGCUUGGAAGGGUAUGAACUACUUCCACGCUUGGGGUCUUUAUUAGAUUAUAUGAGUAUUUAUUCAUUGAUGGAUAACGCUAACUUCUCUCGCUGUCCAGCUUUUCAAAAAAGUAGGCGCCUAGGCAGUUAUUCUUCGAAGUCAGCUUGUGUAGAGAACGAUUUGCAGCUGUGCAUCACCAACUACUUCAAGGUAAAGCUGUUUAAGCCAUACAAACUGGUUGAAUGCCAUAGAUUAGAAAGAAACUAUGCCAUGCAAACUGUUUAAGCUAAAAAAUUUCCUUUGCCAUGCGUUGUUUCCAUCCUAAACCCAAAAAAGAUGAGUUGACCACGAGCAAAGUAUUCCCAGCGUAAUAGUUUCAUUGAACAACACGAAAUUGCAUUUGCCCAACAUCUAUUGAGUAUGCAUAGGAUGGGAGAAAUUACCCCUAACAACAUCGGGAGUCAUGCCAUCCCCGAAGUCAUGGCUACGCUUAACGCUACCUUCGGCACUUCCUUUCCCAAAAUCACCAUCAGAUCGAAAUACUACGCCCUGCAGAGCCUGACCAGACUGUAUAUUUCAUUCAAGAGGCGAGGUACUGGUAUGGGUUGGGACUCUUCGAAGUACACAUUAAUGAUGGAUGAUGGCCGCUGGGCUGAUCUACUCCAGGUGAACAGCGACUUCACAAGGUUUUAUAAUAGAUCAUGCUAUGUAUUUCAUUUGCUUGAGGAAGUCUUCAUGAACCAAGGCGCUACAGGGGACUACAGUGGGGCGCAUGAAGAAUCACCCCUCAACACUGAUGAGAAGUUGGAAAUGGAGAAUGCGGCGAGAAGUGCUAAGCCCUCGGAUGUUGUUAACGUCGGUUCUUCGGGUGAAGAUGUUAAGUUGCCCUCGGCUAGGAAAGGGAAAGGGAAAGGGAAAAGGAACGUGACUAAGGAGAAAAAAAAACGCAAAUCGGGAGGCAUGUCAGAGGAUUCAUUCUUCUCAGGUUCUUCAAGGGAAUUCGAACAGUAUAUGCGUGUGCUAGACAGCAUUGAGACAAAAUUGAGUGGUAAAAAGGGAGAUAGCAUAUGCUACUGGUUCGGUCUGUUCACUGUCGAAGACUACACAUCGCCCUGUGGAUGCUGAUUCUGAGCUAAAGGCCACGUUGGCACAGCUCCUCGCCCUGAAUCUAGACAUAAAUGUGCAUUUGGGCGUUGCUGAUAUUUUGUGAAAUUCUUCAGAGCGGGCAAUUUGGAAUACUUGCACUACUGAUGUUGCUCGUCUUGCAUUUGUGAGGCGCAGAGGGUUCUUACCCCCUGAGUAGAUCGAGACCAGUCCAGUUUUAUUAUAGUUAUGCUUAUUAGAGCUCGUUAAAUGCUUGUGUUUUCCUCCCUGCUCUGCCAUUUGAGUAUUGAGUUGGCAGUAGGUUUGGUAUGAGUAUGACUAUGCCUUAACUUUAGUAGCAAUCAUGCGGUUGUACCG